AAGAUGCACUCCAAUACCAUGGAGGCAACAAAGGAAACGCUCACGUGCGAGUUCCAGUGACUCCCACUCCUUUCGUCUGUGCCCCCAAGAUACCAAGCACGAAACACGACGACUGGGCUUCUUUUGUCCCCUCCUGGAACAUGGCAAGUGCAGCAUCACAAGGCGACGCUGGUGGCGAGUACUGGCCGAUCCACAUCGCGCGCAGCGAUGGCCAGGGAUACACGAAGCUGGACCACACGGCGCUGAGCCCGGACAAUGACGCCGAUGUGGCCCAGCUCGAGCGCUGGGAGGUCAUCGUGGCCGGCCAUCUGCAGAACCAGGUCGGCCCACAGGGCGACACGCGCCAGUACAAGCUCGCCGGCUUCCCCAGGGGCUACGAGCUGCGGUGCGCCCUCAGAAAGGAUGGCGGUCGGGACUACUACCUGUACGGCCAUCCGGCAGGCCCCAAGGCCAACUACCGCACCCCCGGCGAGUUCGCCCUGCAUGCCUUGUGGCUGGUCAGCGACUCGGCCGACAUCAGCCAGUGUCCCUGCGACCUGUGCCCCAAACUUCUCGAGAAGCUGAGGGCUGCCGAGGAGAGGUACCAGGGCGCGAAUGCAGCCGUUGCUCAAGGACCCGCCACGGUGGCCCAGGCUCCCCCCGCUGCGCCCAGGCCGACGCCGUCUCAGCAGGCCCCCCAGCAACGACAACAACAACAACAGCAGCAGCAGCAGCAGCAGCAGCAGCAGCACCAGGAUCAGCUUCCGCCUCCAGGGACGACCAGCCUGACCAACGUCUUCCGCGUCGGCGAACUGGUUUGGUACAAGCACACAGCCUGGCGUCUAGGCGUGAUCCUCUCCAUCGCCGCGAUCCCCGGCACAUUCCCCAACCAAGAUACGCCCGAUUCUGGCUACCAUUUCACCCUCGCUCCGUUGGGUCACGCCCUGCUGGGGCAGCCAAAUCUGGUCAAAGACUGCCAAUCCAUGCGACCGUUCCUCACCUUCAGCGUCCCCGGCACGAGCCCGGACGAGCUCAGGGACAAGACGUUUGACACGGUCGACUGGCAGGCCCUGAUCGCCCGCUACUCGCAAGACCCGGACCCGGAGAAGCGCGCCAUCAACCGCCAGGUGCUCGGCCUGGAAGCCUCCAAGAUGGGCGCCCGUGCCAUCAACGACGCGUUUUCCACCUUCGACCUCCGCGCCCAGGGCCUUACGCCCGACGGCGCCUUCCACGUGCAGCAUUACGGCGGCGUCUACCUCGGCGCCGAGAUGGUCCGCGUCGGCGACCCCAUCCGCGUCACGGCGCAGCCAACCUCCGGCAUCCCGGACCAGACCGUCGCCGGCGACAUACCCCCGGACGCCGCCCUCGUCAUGCUCGUUAGCGAGAUCGAAGUCCUCACACCGACCGCCCCGACCCCGACCACCACACCGACGCGCCUCCAAUUUAGAGGCAACCUCUACCGGCCAAUCCGCGCCCCCACCACCGCCCCCCCGACCAACGCCGUCCCGGCCGACUCGCUCGGCCCUGUCUUCAUUGAGGAGCUCAAGACGCGCAACGCGAUCGAGCGAGACCCGGGCGCGCGCUGGACCUGGGUCCUCGCGGCGGCGCGGGCCGUGCGCGGCGAGCCCGACGUGCAGGGCCGCUUCUACGUGACCGAGCGGCUGAUGGGCGUCAUCGAGCCGGCGCGCUACGCCGCCUGGGCGCAGCGCGGCCUGCUCGAGGAGGCGCCCGCGUACCUGAACAACCGCGGGCACAGCGGCGGCGGCGCGUUCGCGGGUCGGCGGCCCGGCCGGCGGGCGAUGCUGGGGGACGCGGUCGCGGCGGCGUUCAUCGUGCCGGAGGGGAUGGUGGAGAAUUGAGUGUCGCUGGUAGGCUUUUAGCGGGCUGUUUUACUGGUUUUCGCUGGGAACUACUUGGGACAAAUUGGUUGCGUUCAGGGGGAGGCGUUGCAUGGCUUUAUGGCUGGGAAAAUGGGAGGAAUAGAAUGGGAC